AUGGACAUGAACGAUGGCCGUCUCCAGUCCAGCCCCAGCACCAGAGCCUUCUCUCCUCCACCACCAGCACGCCACAUCAAGCAGAAGCGUGCCCCUUCAAUAACCCCAAGGAAGUUCAAUGCCUUCUUUGCCCGCCGUUCGACGCGUCUGGCACCCAAUGGGGCCUCGGUUGACCAGAGCUCACGUGCCUUGGGUGCCAUCACUGGCUCGGCCAUUAAUAGACGCCAACGCCAUAUCAGAGACGCACCCAUUCCACUCAAACCUCUAGGGAUCCGUAGCAUCGGCACUGUCCAGGAUGAGAACGAUGACGACGAAACCGAGGACGAGACCCCCAGACAGGCCAAGAGACGGAAGACGGGCCACCACACUCCUCCCGACUCAUCACCCAUCAAGCCUCCACCACUCUUUCCGUCCUCGCCAUGUACGCGGGAUGCCGACCCUGCUGCCGUCAAAUCAGCAUUACUCCUAAGCCCCCUGCAGUCUCUUGCGGCUAGUAGCCAGAUAACAGAGGAGGACAUAUCGGAUUUCGAAUGCGACCACGAUGACUUUGACGAUGACCCUGAGCCACCGAAGCGCCUCAAACAACUCACCCACAGGGGAAUCGGAGCCCAGCUCUUCCAGCGCCAAUUGGGAGGAAUGCCUCAAGCAGGCCGCUCUUACCUGUCGACACCAACAUCAGACUGGCGCUCAGAGACGGCAAACUUCAGCUCAGGCCCAACUGACGCCCACUUCUGUUCUAGCCACGAGGGUCUGGCAAGAUGUAUUCCGUUUUGCACAGCCUCGUGCAACACCAACAGUCUGGUUGCCGUCGGCGAUGAGGAAGGCCGUGUACGCUUGCUGGAUUCGUCUUCCAGCGCACGUUUCGAUAAGAUCCACCUGUGCUUCCAGACCCAUGGCAAUGCCAUCAUCGACAUGGCCUUCUCUGAAGACGACCAGCGGCUGGCCACAGCCUCGGGGGACCAGAGCGGCAAGGUGAUCGAUAUGAUGACCCAGACGCCCAUAUCCAUACUUGGUCAACACACUGCCUCACUAAAGCAGGUCCGCUUCCAGCCCGGCCAGUCACAGGGAAAUGUAUUAGCGACGUCGGGUCGUGACGGGAGCAUUCAGAUCUGGGACCUCCGAUGCAAUGGCGGAACAGCCGUCAUGGAUAACAUCACCCUGGAGCGAGAAGCAGGACUCCAGUUCACAACCAUGCGGAAGAUCAGCACCGGCUGCGUCGUCAAUUCCUUCUUCGGCGCCCACGAGGCCAUGCCACGACACCAGACCCGCUCCGUGGGCCUGCUCACCACGACCACAUCAACCGACCACCACCCAGACAUAGCCUCGCGAGGUGAGGUCCCCGGCCGCAUCGGCGAAGUGUCGGUGACGGCCCUGCAGUGGCUUCCCUCGGGCCGCGAGCACCUCCUCCUGUCGGCAUGCGAGGCCGACGCGUCCAUCAAGCUGUGGGACAUCCGCUCCAUCCACACGAGCCGCCAUCACCGCGCACCCACGCCCCUCAGCUACACGGCCACGCCGGCCUCACACACGAGCUGGCGCCACUUUGGCAUCUCGUCGCUGUCGCUGUCAACCAACGGCUCCAGGCUGUACGCGUUGUGCAAGGACAACACCGUCUACGCCUACAGCACGUCGCACAUGGUGCUUGGCCCGCCGCCGGGCACCGCCCCCGCCAAGCGGCCCAAGCACGCCCCCGCCAAGCGGCCCAAGCACGCCCCCGCCGACGAGCUACCCGGCCCGCUGUACGGCUUCCGCCACCCUUCCUUCCACGCCACCUCAUUCUACGUCAAGUCGGCCCUUCGCCCGAUGCGCGACGGCCGCAGCGAGCUCCUCGCCGUCGGCAGCGCGGACAACUGCCCCAUCCUGUUCCCCACCGACGAGCGCUACUUCAGGCACGAGCUCGAGGCCGCCGCGCUGAACGGCGCCGACAACAACCCCGACGCGACGAUGAUGACGUCGUCCUUCUCCCGCCCGGGAACGGCCAGCAGACCGGCACUGUCCCGCACGAACUCCUUCGUAGCCCGCCCCGGCGCUACCGGCGGAGGCGGCAUCGGCAGCAACAAGGACGGCUUCCCCAUCAUCCGCGCGGUCGGCGGCCGGCGGCUCGGCACGCCGCUGGUGCGCGGCCACGAGCGCGAGGUCGGGUCGCUGUCGUGGACGGCCGAGGGCAAGCUGGUGACGGUCGGGGACGACUUCAUGGUGCGGUGCUGGUCCGAUGGCGACGUCAACGCGGGUGAAGACGAGGAGGGAGCAGGCGAGGCGGGAGGCAGGCCCAGUGCCCGCGAACUGAGGACCAAAGGCGAGGGCGAGGGCCGCAGGUGGGGAUGUGGCUGGGCUGAUGUGGGGGGUGACUGGGACGCUGACGAGGAGGAUGAUGAUGAGUGGUGA